UUGGAAUAUAUUUAACAAACAGUAGUUUUUGCAUCUCUUUAUCAUUCUCUGUAAAUAAUAAAUAUAGUUCCCAAUAAUUUUACUCAUUUCUAUUUUUAUUGACAUUAAACGAUUCAAAGGAAAUGUUUAUCUAUUCAUAAAAUUUUACUAUUUAACAAAAUUAUAAUUUCUGACAAUAAAAUUUUUUUCCCCUAAAAUAAAAUGUGGAAAAUGUGGAAAUUUUCAAUCAUCAUGCUAAUUAUUAUUAAUUUAAUAGACUGCAAAGCAGUGGAUGCUGAGAAUUAUUUAACAACUGAUUUUUUCCUUAAUAAUAUCGAAAAUUUGAGAACAAAUUAUUUAUUUAAAAAGUUUUUAGAGCAUUUCAAGAAAUAUUUGAAAAAUGGAAAUGCAUUUCUAGGUAUUCCACCAAUGGAUCCUUACAAAUCGGGUCCAGUAAAUACAAUUUUGAAUUCAGAUGAUAUAAAAGGCAAUAUUUCAAUUAAUAGUGUUGAUAUUUCUGAAUUAUCAAAUUAUCGUGUUACAAGAGCAGAAAUUGAGGGACUAAUAAUAAAAAUGGGUUUUCAAUGGUCUAAUAUAAAUGGAAAUAUUACUGCGUAUGAGAUUAGAAAUGGAAGUUUUAUGAAUUUCAUUCAAAUUUUUGGAUUUGGAGACGCAGUAUUUACUCUCAACGAACUGAAUUUCAAUGCAAAUAUUACUCUUGGAUUGAAAAAUAUAAAAAUAUUUAUAAAAUCCGUAGAGUCACAAAUUUCACUUGAAGAUUUCGAGUUCUUCACCGAUGGUUUAUAUAACGAUAGUUAUAUAUCAAAAGAGAUGUGCGCUGUAAUUUCGCAAAUGGGACCUGAUUUUAUUCAAAGUUAUCAAACAACAUUGACAACAAUAAUUAAUGAAAAAAUAACGAAAAUAGUGGAAAAAAUAAUUGGCUACAUAAGUGUCAAUAGAUUGAAUUUCAAUGAAAUUCUUCAAAAAUUUUCCUUCGAAUCAUUUUAUCCAUUUAGAAAUUAAAUUUAAAAAGAAAAAUAGUUAAUUUUAAAAAAAUGUACUAAAAAAAAUUAACACAAUCGAAAUGACGUAAUGUUAUAACUGAAAGAAAAAAUUAAAAAAAGAACAUGAAAAAUAAAUAUUUAUUCUUAAAAAUAAUGUAGA